AUGCACCACAGGCCCCCGCCGACGAUCCUCUCUCGCUACUCCCGUAGCCAUUUCUACCCUCCCUCGCCAUCCCCUGCCUCUUUGCCCUUAUCCGGAAAAGGAAAAGAAAAAGUCAAGGCUUCAGCAGUCGAAGAGGAGGAUGUUGUUGACAAAGAAGAGCAUGGUGUUGACGAAGAGGGAGACGGGCGCUUCGAGGAGUAUAGCAAAGAAGCUUGCGACGGUGAGAGCGCGUUGUUGGGGGCAAGGAUGUUCUCUGCGAGAGCUGGGGGCUCGCCUCUGAGUGGUAGGGGGACGUUCAAAACAAGCCUCAUCGUCACAAGCUUCUUCGCUGUACUCCUCGAAGCGCCCGUCUCCCUCUUCGUCAACACCAUGCUACUCUGUAGAAUUACAUCGACAUCCUCAUCGACAUCGACACUCGACAUCGACACAAAGGCCAACGUCGCAUCUCGUAACUGA